AUGCCUUCCUCUACCAGGACAGUCUUCUCCCUAAUCAUCAUCAACAAGGCCGGCGGUCUGAUCUACCAGCGCGAGUAUCAGGCCGGUCUGCGCAGCCUGUCUACCAAUGACUACCUCGUUCUCGCUGGUACCUUUCACGGACCUCCCCCCGCCCUCACAUCUCCCGGCGGCAGUGCGCCCGUUGGAUUCAGCUAUCCCAACCCUGGCGUCCCUGCAUCAGGUCUAGAGCAUCUCGAGACUGAAAAGUUCCGAUUGACCUGCUUCCAGACCCUGACGGGAACCAAGUUCUUGCUCUUCACGGACCCGAUGACUGGCAAUGUGGACACGAUCAUGAACAAGAUCUACGAGCUAUACGCCGACUACGUGAUGAAGAACCCGUUCUACCAGUUGGAGAUGCCUGUGCGGUGUGAGGCGUUUGACCGACACUUGGGAGCUUGGCUGCGAGGGCGGACGUGA